AUGAGUUCUUUUCGUCGUCGCCAACAGUCGGAUGAUAUAAGAGUAGUCGUUGGGAUUGAUUUUGGGACAACAAACAGCGGUUUCGCUUAUACACAUAAGAUUUCUCAAGAAAUUGAGACGAAUACGCAAUGGCCCGGGAAAGAAGGUUCUUUCAAAACAGAUACCGUAUUGUUAUAUAAUAGUGAUUGUACCGAAGUAUUAAAUUGGGGUGCACCCGCGUUAGUUCAUUUGGGUUCAUCACUUCCACCGCAACACCAUACUAUUGAAAGAUUCAAAUUAUUUCUAGACGAUAAUGCAUCAGACAAGCCAUAUUUGCCACCAAAUUUAGAUUAUAGAAAGGCUAUUAGUGAUUAUUUAAAUAAGAUGAAAGAAGUCAUAAAAGAAACACUUGAUAAGCGUUGGCCAGGCCUUAAAUUAUCACAAGUACAAUUUGUUUUAUGUGUGCCUGCGGAAUGGGGACCACAUACUAAAGCUAUAAUGCGCGACUGCGCAUAUAGAGCUGGAUUAUUAGACGAAUCCAUCGAAUCACACUUAGAGUUUACGACAGGACCGGAGGCGGCAGUGAUUCACUGCUUAUCAGUUAUUAAGGAACACAAAUUAAAGGAAGGAG